CGCCAAAAGGGAAAAAUCUCCCCAAGUCUCCGGAGAGUCUCGCUCCAGCACUCACUCCGGUCAAGUCGUCAGCCCUGGUCAUCUCUCCACAGAGUCUCUCUCCUAGCUCUUUUUUUUCUUCACCCAUUUCUUUUUAUACCAAGACUUACAUCAUCGUCAGUCACUCACCUCUCGUCCUCCUUUUUAAAUUGGAAAAAAGAAAAUUUUUUGGAAAGGGCGUUUUUUUUUUAAAUUUGAGUUUGGUGCGAUUACGGUAGUGAUUUCGAGUGUGCCAGUUUGAUUUUAUUCCGUAACAAGUUGGUGGCGUUGAGAGCCAUUUUGUUUCGAUUGUUAUAUGCCUCUACUUCCCGCCAACGUUCAAGACAUUCACAGCAUGCAGCAAAUCGAUCGCAAAGUUGAUUUCACGGCCAACAUGGGUUUGCCUCUUCACGCUCACGCUCGAGGUUGGAUGCCUGCUGCUAUGGUCGACCAAACUUCAUUGGGUGUAGGUCGGGCCCAUUUUGAGAAGCAACCGCCCAGCAACUUACGCAAAUCGAAUUUCUUUCAUUUCGUCAUUGCCCUUUACGACCGCACAGGACAACCAGUUGAGAUUGAACGAUCAGCUUUUGUUGGAUUCAUCGAGAAAGAUCAGGAACCCGACGGCCAGAAGACCAAUAAUGGAAUCCAUUAUCGACUUCAGCUUCUCUAUGCUGGCGGUUAUCGACAAGAACAGGAUAUUUACGUUCGCUUGAUUGAUUCUGUUUCCAAACAGGCCAUUGUCUAUGAAGGACAGGACAAAAAUCCCGAAAUGUGUAGAGUUCUUCUUACUCACGAAGUCAUGUGCAGUCGUUGCUGUGACAAGAAAAGUUGCGGCAAUCGCAAUGAAACGCCGUCGGAUCCGGUCAUCAUUGAUAGAUUUUUCCUCAAGUUUUUCCUGAAAUGCAAUCAGAACUGUUUGAAGAAUGCCGGAAACCCGAGGGAUAUGCGACGCUUUCAGGUUGUCGUCGCUUCACAGGUCAGCGUUGAUGGACCUUUGUUGGCUGUUUCGGAUAAUAUGUUUGUUCACAACAAUUCCAAACACGGCCGUCGAGCUAAACGUCUGGAGCCGACUGAUGAUUGUGGAACAGGUGUGUAUCCAGCGCUUCCGGCCACCCCUUGCAUUAAGGCAAUCAGCCCGAGCGAGGGAUGGACUUCUGGAGGUGCUACAGUCAUCAUUGUCGGUGAUAACUUCUUUGAUGGCGUUCAAGUUGUCUUUGGCACGAUGCUCGUCUGGAGCGAGCUGGUCACGUCGCAUGCCAUUCGAGUUCAGACUCCACCCAGACAUAUUCCUGGUGUGGUGGAGGUGACAUUGUCCUACAAAUCGAAGCAAUUUUGCAAAGGAGCACCAGGCAGAUUUGUCUAUGUUUCGCUGACUGAACCGACCAUCGAUUAUGGUUUUCAACGUCUUGGUAAACUGGUUCCCAGACAUCCUGGCGAUCCUGAAAAGUUGUCCAAGGAAAUCAUUUUGAAAAGAGCAGCUGAUUUGGCAGAGGCACUUUACGGCAUGCCUCGCAGCAACGGUUUGAAUCAGCUGGGUCUGCAACAGAAUGGCUCAGUUUCAUCCGUUUCGAUGGCGCCCUUCAACUCGUACACGUCGCAGUUGGGCGUCUCUGUUCCAGGCGAUUCGGGCAAUUCGCAAGGCUGGCCCGAAAGUGGUGGUGGAUUUUAUUUUUGACCUGAUUAAUACCAAAUCAACACACGUCACACCAGCAGCUACAUCAAAAAAACUAAAAAUUUGGAACGAGAAAACAAACAAAUAUUGACGGAUUUUGAAUAGAAAAAAAAAGUAUAUAUUUUGUGCCAAAGAAGCCACGUCGAUGGUAUCGAUUUGACACCGUGUGAAGGGAAUUUUUACAGGAUCGUAACUAUUAUUUUUCCGAACCACUACGAGAGAAACGCUAAAUUUUAACACUUGAGGAUGGAAUGGGAUUUUAUUCGUUAUUUUUACUUGUCAUGUGGGCGUGAUCUGUAAUACCUUGACGAUCUCUGUUUCAAUGUCGACUUUCGUUUUUUUGUUUGUUUUCUCUUUUAAUGGGAAAAAAACAGUUGUACUUUUAAAAUUCAUUUUUUUUAAGCAUCCAAAGUAACCAUAUCUUUCUCCUUUCAUUUGAAAUUGUAACAAGUUUUUCAUUUCUUUCUUCAAAGGGCCGGGCUUAGGUUCCUCGUGUAUUCACUUUCUGGUUUUUAAUAUUCCCGAAUACGAAAGGAGAUGAAGAAAGAUUCGUAUACUAAGUAUUGAUGCAAUAUUCUUCUUGUCCCCCUCCUUUUUUUGUAAACAAAGUAACAAAAAAAAAAAAAAAAAAAAUUGUUUCCUUUUCUGAAAAGUCUUAUAAAUCUGAUGUAGCGACCGUUAAUCCCUAAUCGUUUUAAUAGUAUUUUUUUUGUGUGUGUGGGGAGAUGUGUUACGUAUUGUAUAAUUAAUCAAAGGUAAACAGAAUGUUUGUCGCAUGCCUGUUUCUCGAAUGUGUGUGAACUGAGGGUGGAGUGAUUGAAUUGCUGUGUAUGUAUGUACUACCACCCUCAUAACAAACAAACCUAAAACCAUCAACUCGCUUUUUCUACAAAAUAGCGAGCUGAUUCGGACGAAAAAUCUUCUAAUCGACUUGUAUCCCCCCUUUUUUCAUUACAAAAACAAAACAAAGGUUGAUUUUUUUUUUUUUGUUUGAAGAUAAAAAUAAUCAACAACUGUGUCUUCGUGUUACGUGACUGGGUUCGUUUUGUUUGUUUCCUCCCAUGUAAAAAUUGUCAUAUUUCUUUUCAUUUUUGAUUAUUAGUAGCAACAACUAACAUAAGAUGAGAAAACUUACUCGUGUACUUGUACAUAUUGAAAACAUCCUUUUCCUAAUUUUCUUUUCCCACUUUUUACAUCUCUCAGUCAAUAAAGUCAUCUUGAAUGUUA